AUGGCCUCUAACAACUCUGUCAAGACGAUGCAUCGUCAAACACAUCUCAACCGAGAAGACCCAGAAGUCAGGCUAUACUACCAAGAAUGUCUACCCCCUCAAGAGAAGAAAGGAACGAUCCUCCUCAUUCACGGCUUUCCUCAGAGCUCUUAUCAAUUCCGCUUCGUUAUCGAACCACUCGCUCAAGCUGGAUAUCACGUCAUCGCGCCAGAUUAUAGAGGACAUGGCUUCUCUUCCCAUCCCUUGGGGGAUACCGGCUACACCAAGAAAGAACUCGCGAUUGAUAUCUUUCAACUGCUCACUAAGCAUAUUGGAGUCACAGAGAAGGUACACGUGGUCGGACACGAUAUUGGCGGCACCAUUGCCCACGCCUACGUCUCUCAAUUCCCAGACCAUGUAGCCAGCGUGAUCUGGGGCGAAUGCCCUCUUCCAGGGACCACGCUAUUCGACAAGAUCAAGCAUACGCAGACCCUCUGGCAUUUUGAUUUUCAAAGCCACAACCCCGAAUUCUCGGUGGCGCUCGUGCAGGGUAGGGAGAGGAUGUACCUGAAGCACUUCUACGAUCGAUUGACGCAGAACUCGGCCGUUUUCACUCCCGAGGUCUUGGACUUCUACACGAUGCAAUACCAGGUGCCCGAUGCUUUGCGAUGUGCCUUCCUCAGCUAUCGCGCGUUCACGGAGGAUGGAAAGCACAACCGGGAAUGGCUGAAGGAGAACGGGAAGGCGAAAGUGCGCGCCAUGAUCCUAUCGGGCGAUCAUAGUUUUAUUGCCUCUGAAGCGGAGGGCAUGGCGAAGGAGAUGUAUGAGAACGUCAAGGUUGGGACUGUCAAGGACAGUGGACACUACCUCGCAGAAGAGAAUCCCGAAAGCUUCGUGGAGGAGGUUUUGGCUUUCGUUGAGGCGUAA